AACUCUGCACAUGCUGCUAACAUCACUGUGAACGAUUAUUAUUGUUGGCCUUUCGUAAAAUGAAAUAAUAAGAAAACCCGGUCGUAUAUUAAUAUUAGUUAAAGGUUAAUAAAUUCGAAGCCAAAAUGUCUUUGCUUGUUACGCUUUCAAGGAAUAUGAUAUAUAGCGCCAUGCAGUACGAAAAAACCAUAUUCAAAGUUGCGGACUGGCCGGCCUUUACCAGUAUUUAUAAGCGAAACUUAUCAUUUGAAGAAAAACGGGCUCGUGGGCCUUUAGUACGUCGUUAUGGUUACAAGGAUAAAAUAUUACAAGGGGGUCUGAUACCUCACUGGGACAAUGGUCGAAAAUUGCCUAUGCCCGAUUAUCGUCCUAAAAACCCAUGGACUACAAAGCGAGCACUUUUUGGCCAAAACGACUAUAUUGACAUUUUGGGUAACGAUAGUUUGCAUCCCACUCGUGUUUUAUAUUCGGUACCCUCUUGGUUACGUGGUGUUUCCGGCAACGAAUACCAAGUGUUGUUACGUAAACGUAAAAUUCUUAAACACACAGUUGCUCCCAUCGCUAGACCGACAAAAUGGAAACAUUUACAAAAGCGCAUUUUGUAUUUAUAUAAAUUCUUAAACCGUAAAACGAAGACUGGUGGCACAAAUCAAUAAAUUAAGAUAUUAAUGUAUUGGAGUAAAUGUAAAAUAUAGAAUGAAUUCUAACUUUUAAAGCAACAACGCAAACGAAUUUAAUUUGGAAACUUUUAGAAACGAUGCAGACUGCUUUUAAUCGCAAAUUUAACGAAACGAAAGCUAAUAUAUUCGAAUCUUUUUUUUUUCAAAGAAUUUUAGUUAAAUAAUUUUACUAUAGUUGAUGUAUUUAUAAAUGUGCCACAACAAAAUGUUUUUAAGCUAUAAUUGUAUUUGAGUAAUUUCAGUAAUAACAAGUUUUCUAGAAUAUUUGGAACGUUUCAUCAUACAUCAUACAUACAAUAAUGGAUGGCAGCUAUUGUAAGUGUUGUAAGAAAAUAAAUAAAAUUAAGUUA